CCUAACUGCAGUGCUGUUGUGACCGAUUAGCCACCUGUGUAAUGGCUAGUUUCCUUUAUUUUUGUAAUCUAUUCUAGUGUAAAAUACAGUGAGGGAAACACCAUGCUCCUAGCCAAGCUGACCAGCCGGUUGACUGUGAAUACCCUGAGGAGGAUUCAUCAUGGAGCUCUUUACCCCUGUCUUUACUCCAUGUCCAACGUCUUCCUUCACACAGAAGGAGGGAGGACUAGAGAUUUGAGUCUCCGCUCAGAUUCCAGUGUGUUGAGAAGAGGACUUUAUGGUCAGAGUGUUUUCCACCCUUCACUCAGACCACAUGAAACACAACAAUAUGGGAGAAGAUCAUUCAGUUUAUCAGCUGCUUCAGUUGUGAAUUCUGCACCAGCUUCUAUCCAGCCAUACCUGCGGUUGAUGAGGCUAGACAAACCUAUUGGGACAUGGCUGCUCUACCUCCCGUCUGCAUGGAGCAUUGCUCUGGCUGCCGACCCCGGAUGCCUCCCACAUCUGGAUAUGCUCACCCUGUUUGGUGCGGGUGCCCUGCUGAUGAGAGGAGCGGGCUGCACCAUCAAUGACAUGUGGGAUAGAGACUUUGACAAAAAGGUGUCCAGGACGGCGACUCGACCCAUUGCAUCAGGAGAGAUUUCUCAGAAGCAGGCACUGGUCUUCUUAGGAGGGCAGCUUUCUCUGGCACUUGGGGUUCUCUUGUGUCUCAACUAUUACAGCAUAGCUUUGGGGGCUGCCUCAUUAUGUCUUGUCAUCUCCUACCCGCUGAUGAAGAGGAUCACUUAUUGGCCACAACUUGUGUUGGGCCUCACUUUUAACUGGGGAGCGCUGCUUGGCUGGUCCGCUGUCCAGGGCUUCUGUGAUUGGUCCGUAUGCCUCCCGCUGUAUUUCUCAGGAGUGAUGUGGACGCUGAUAUAUGACACAAUUUAUGCACAUCAGGAUAAGGAGGACGACAUCAAAGUAGGAGUCAAAUCUACUGCACUGAGGUUCCAGGAGCAAACCAAACCGUGGCUAAGCGGCUUCAUGGUGGCCAUGAUGUCAGGACUGGUUGUAACUGGAGUCAAUGCUGAGCAGACUCUCCCUUACUACGCAGUACUGUCCACAGUGGCCGUUCAUCUAACGUAUCAGAUUUACACAUUGGACAUUAACAAACCAGAGGACUGCUGGAAGAAAUUUUCCUCAAACAGAAACCUCGGACUGUUGUUAUUUUUAGGCAUUGUUAUCGGCAAUUUGUGGAAAGAAAGAAGAGAGACUUUGCUGCAAAACGAGGAGGCAGUCAGAUAAGUGAGAUCAGCAGAACAAAUAUGAUUUUUGUGACAUUUGCAAAACAUCACAAUCACUUGUUAUAAUGUUGCACAUUAUCUUUUGGGUUUUUAACUCUGAUUGAAGCUCUAUGAGACGACAAAAAGCUGUACCAUAAACUGUGUAAUUUAAAAUUUUACCUUUUAAAUUUGGAUUAUUUGCUCAUCAAAACAUUUACAGAUUUAAAAUGUCCUUUCAAUGGAUAUUUCUGAGAUUAAAUGAUUAAAUAAUACACCUCCUAGUACAGACAAAUAUAAUUCAUAUCUAUGUUCAAGUGCUGCUUAGUGGACCUCCAGCGUCUGCAUAAAUAAACCCAAGUCAGCAACACCUAGUCACAAUAAACAUGCAUAAUGGGGGAAAUUGUGUUGUUAUUGUUCAAAGCUGCAUUGAGUAAUUUUUACCACUAGGGAGCAGGUUACCUUAGUAAGUAUUUUCUGGUGGUUGGUUUUGUUUGUUCACAAGUCUUUAGUCUUUAGUUUAACUGUCUUCAUGAGUCAUUUGUUUACUUCAGCCCUCUCUGUCUUUUAAUGGGAGGUCGGUUGGGGACUCACCCUGCCUGAGCUUGUUUGAUGGAGACACUGCCAAUCAUUUUUUAUGAGAGAUUUUUCUAUACUCAACCAUGCAGUAUACGUGCAGGUUGAUGAAAGAGGCUAAAAGCUGCACAGACCUG